AUGCAGACUAAAGGUCUAGAGGAAGUCCCAGCCCUAUUCAGUGCAUCUUGGUUGAUAUUCUUGUUCAAUCUUACUUUUCCUCGCGGACAGAACACGACGCCUGAUUGGAUUUUAGAUGAGAUUGUUGAACUCAGUGAACUGUCCAAAGGCGUAGUGGCAAUCAUUUUAGGUGCUAGUGCUGGAAUUCCGCGCCUGUCUCCUUCAAUUACCGAACAACCAAUAUGCGACGACUACGACGACGAUCAUACUCGCGAGGCAAAAGCAAGAGUCAUGUCUGGUCCUCUACGCCCAUUCUUCGACCACCUUCUACCGUGGAAACAUGAAGAUGUUCCACCAAGCGUUCGAAGGCAGAAUAUAUCUGCUUCUGCACAAGACCUAAUCAGGUCAAUUGACUCACUCCCCGAAACUGCUACUGUGGAUAAUAAGCUACUCUAUCGACUUGCAAUCGAGGUGCUUGAGAUGACUGCUGUAGCCCUACGGCUGCAUACACAACAUCCAUCAUUUGUGUUUAUGUGGCUUAUCGGAACAAAGCGUCCAUUUAUGGAGCUCAUUAAAAAAAGAGACGUUCUUGCUCUUCGAAUACUUAGAGAAUACGGGCUUAUGCUGAAGACGGUAGAGAGUCAUUGGUGGACUCGGGGGUUGGGAACAACGAUUAUCGAAGGGGUUGAUAUGGCUCUGAAGUCCUUGGGUAUCUGUGUUACAGAGAAACAGGGUUCAACUAGUUUGAGUUAUUUCCGGUAG